AUGGCAGACGUCGCAGCGCCCGUCUUCAAGAAGCGCGCGAACAAGGCGAAUAUCCGGAAACGGCCAGCGACUCCACCCCCGCAAGAUUCCGCGUCCGAUUCAGACUAUUCAGAAGAUGAGGCCGGCGUCAGAGUCAAGAGGCGCAAGAAGGAGGGUGUAACGACUACGAACACUGGGCCCAAAAGAGCACAAGAUCUGAGCAAGUCGACUGCAUUCGAAGCCGACCGAUCGACAAACAUCACUGUAAAUGAGGAUGCGACCAAGGCGUCCCAGUGGUAUACAGACGCUGCUCUGGCUGCAAACGAUGCGCCGAAGUCGAAGGCUUUGAAAGAUGAGACUGUAGCACCGGAGACGUCAGACGGCAAAUACCAGGGCACUGCGAAAUACUCAAACUUCAUCCAAAAGAACCCCGAUGCGAGACAAGUCGGGCCCGUGAAGGCUCCUACAAACGUCAGAGCGAUCACUGUCACAGACUUCGCCCCUGAUGUCUGCAAAGACUACAAACAAACUGGAUUCUGUGGUUUCGGAGACAGCUGCAAAUUCCUGCAUGCGCGUGAAGACUACAAGCAAGGAUGGCAGCUGGACAAGGAAUGGGAAACGGCGGGCAGGAAGGAUAAGCCAGGAUCCAAAUCCAAGGACAACGCCAAAGAUGACAUGGAUGAGGAGGAGAAGAUGCUGCAAGAGAUUCCUUUCGCGUGUAUCAUCUGCAAGGAAGGGUACAAGAAUCCGGUGGUGACAAAAUGCGGACAUUACUUUUGCGAGAAAUGCGCCAUGGGCAGGUACAUGAAGGAGAAGAAGAAGACGUGUGCAGCGUGUGGGGCAGAUACAAAUGGGAGCUUUGGUAUCGCGAGGAAGCUCAAAGAAUUGUUGGAUAAGAAGCGCAAGAGAGCAGAGGAAAGGAAAGCCAAGGCUCGUGAGGCUGGGGAGGAAGUUAGCGAUGGUGAAAACGAAGAUGAUUGA